AUGGCACCCAAGAAAGCCAAGAAGAGAGCAGAGGGCGCCAAUUCCAACGUGUUCUCCAUGUUUGAACAGACCCAGAUCCAGGAGUUUAAGGAGGCCUUCACCAUCAUGGACCAGAACAGGGAUGGCUUCAUUGACAAGAAUGACCUGAGAGACACCUUUGCUGCUCUUGGGCGUGUGAACGUGCAAAAUGAGGAAAUCGAUGAUAUGAUAAAGGAAGCCCCAGGUCCCAUUAACUUUACGGUCUUCCUAACGAUGUUUGGGGAGAAACUUAAGGGGGCAGACCCAGAAGAGACCAUUCUCAACGCAUUCAAAGUGUUUGACCCCGAAGGCAAAGGGGUGCUGAAGGCUGAUUACAUUAAGGAGAUGCUGACCACACAGGCGGAGAGAUUUUCCAACGAGGAGAUUGACCAGAUGUUUGCUGCCUUCCCCCCUGAUGUGACUGGCAACCUGGACUAUAAGAACCUGGUGCACAUCAUCACCCAUGGAGAAGAAAAGGACUGA